GCACCAUUCUAGAUCUUUAUCAACAAGCUACACAUAAAACAAAGUACAUUACUAAAUAAUAAAACAAGGUGUUAAUUAUUGUAAAUAAAUACCACAUCCAGUAGUGUUUUCAGGUCUGACAAAAUUAAUUCAACAUAAGUCAAAUCACAGACCGCGAAAAUGUCAGCACAUUUCCACCAAAACGCGAAACGUAACUGUAGUUUGAAGAAAAAUGGACCAGCAGCUCGAAAACAAAAUACAAGAAUGGUUAAAAUGGGACAGAAAUGAUAAGACUUCUUCUGAAAUCAAAACAUUGGCUAAAGAAAAGAAGUAUGACGAACUUUCGAAGGUACUACUUGAUCGUCUAUCUUUUGGUACUGCUGGUUUGAGGGGAAGAAUGGGUCCAGGAUAUGCCGCUAUGAACGAUUUAGUUAUAAUUCAAACGGGACAAGGGCUACUUAAAUACUUAGAACACUGUGAUAAAGAUUUGUUACAUAAGAAUGGGAUUGUGAUUGGGUACGAUGGGCGACAUAAUAGCAGAAGGUGGGCAGAAUUGACAGCAGCGAUUUUCCUACAUGCUGGUCACCCUGUGAGACUUUUCAGUAAAAUAGUACCGACACCCUUUGUACCAUUUGCUGUCUCAAAGUAUAAAAGUGCGAUAGGGGUCAUGGUUACGGCUUCGCAUAAUCCCAAAGAGGAUAAUGGAUAUAAAGUUUAUGGUCCUAACGGGUCACAAAUUAUUUCUCCGGUGGAUAAAGACAUCCAGAGAAAUAUUUUAGACAAUUUGGUACCACUGGACUCUUCAUGGGACACAACAGUAUUAAAAAGUGACCUUCUAACAGAUCCCCUUAGUGAAAUUUUAAAAGACUAUUUAAAUGUAAUAAACGAUACAAUUUUGCCUGAGCAUCGAGAACUUAAUAAAAAGGCCAAAGUACUUUUUACUUAUACUGCAAUGCAUGGGGUUGGUUACAAUUAUGUUAGACAAGUUUUCGACAUGAUUGGUGUUGCAAUGGUACCAGUGCAGGAACAAAAAGACCCUCAUCCUGAUUUUCCCACAGUAAAAUUCCCCAAUCCCGAGGAAGGCAAAAGUAGCUUAGAUCUCUCAUUCAAGACAGCAAACGAGAAUGGGAGCCACGUGAUUAUUGCUAAUGAUCCUGAUGCCGAUCGUAUGGCGGCUGCUGAGAAAAAUUCAAAGACUGGUGAAUGGAAAGUUUUCACAGGAAACGAGUUGGGAGCUCUUCUGGGUUGGUGGUGUUUGUUCUGUUUCAAAACCAAAUACCCUGAAGAAAAUUUACAAAACGCGUAUAUGCUUAGUAGUACUGUAAGCUCUAUGAUUUUGCGUUCCAUGUCAAAGAAAGAAGGAUUCAAUUUUAUUGAGACUUUGACCGGUUUCAAAUGGAUGGGCAACAAGAUGUAUGACCUGUUGAAACAAGGGAAGAAAGUGAUUUUUGCUUUUGAGGAAGCUAUAGGUUUCUGUUGUGGUACUGCUGUUUUGGAUAAAGAUGGUGUUUCGGCGGCUUUUCAACUGGAUACCUUGACUUCAUAUUUAGCAAUGCAAAAUAAGUCUUUAACCGAUAAAUUGGAAGAGAUUUAUGCUGAAUAUGGGUACCACGUGUCGCUGAAUUCAUAUUUCAUUUGUCACGAUGCGGAAAAAAUUAAGAGGAUUUUUGACAGGAUGAGGAAUCUUAACGGAAAAGCUUACCCAUCUGCAAUUCUUAAUAAUAAGUAUAAAAUUACUACAAUUAGGGAUUUAACUACCGGUUAUGAUAAUGGCCAACCUGACAAUAAAGCUAUAUUGCCGGUGUCUAAAAGUUGCCAAAUGAUAACUUUCAAUUUUUCAAAUGGUCUUGUUUGCACACUUAGGACUAGUGGGACUGAACCGAAAGUUAAAUAUUACACGGAAAUGUGUGCCGAAGCUGGAAAUACAAAUCGUGAAGGUAUUGUAGCAACUUUAAAGGAAAUGGUAGAUGCGAUCGUUGAAGAAUUUUUGCAACCUAUUCAAAAUGGGCUAAUUUCAAAAUCGGAUUAAAUAAAUAAACAUUCCAAUUCUUGCACCAUAGAUUAUAGAAUUCCAAAAUGUGAUGACUUAUUGAUAUACUUAAAAUGGCAUCUUUGUAUGUUGUUUUUAAAUUAUACCUACAUUAGUAGAAUAAAAUUACAUUUUUUUGUUUU